AUGCUCGCCGCUGUUCCCAACCCAUUCCUCCACCGUUCCCCGUCCUGCGCUCGGCCGCGCAAAUGCCGGCGGUUUGCUCUUGUUUGGUUGAGCUACAUCGCCGGGAGCCCUACCCCCGCCUCUCAUCACGGUGAUCCGGUAAUCACGGUCAAAAUCCUCCUUGCGAACGUCGCUGUCGUCCUCUCCGCAACGUACCGCACCCACCCGAACCUGCUGAUCCUCGCCGCGUUCCUCGAUUUCGCCGCGCGGGAUGCCUUCGGCGCGUUCAUCGCCGCCCAGGGUGCGCUCUACGACGCCGGCUGGGGCGGCUACGCCAACGUCGUCCCCACCGUGGCCGCGUGGAACUUCACCACGUUCAUCAUCAGCCCGUCUGCGGACCGUGCCGCCGCGAACGCGAGCAUCCAGGCCGUCUUCGCCGCCGCGCAGGACCCCGCGCUCGUCCUCUCCCGCGCGACGACGGUGCCGUUCGCGAGCUGGGCAGCGUGGUACAACGUGCUCGGGUUCAACAUGACCGCUGCCGUUAGGCACGUCGGGAUCCCCACCGCGCUCGGCUCGCACCUCCUCCCGCGUGCGCUCGUCGAGGUUGACCCGGCGCACGCCGCGGACGCGCAGAUCGAGUACUGUCUUGUCGCGCCCGGCGGCGAGGCAGCGGGCGUCGCCCUGGACGCGAUGGCGCUCAGCCCGGCGUGGUGCGGCGCACUCGCACAGGUCAUCGUUGGGGAGGUCUGGACGGAGAGCGAGGGCGACACCGCGGACGAGGUCGACGCGGUCAUGGACCGGAUCGAGGCGAGCACCCGGGUCCUGCGCGAGCUCGCGCCCGACUCGGGCUGCUACUUCAACGAGGCGUCGACGCUCGAGCCGGACUUCCGGCAGGUGUUCUUCGGGGCGAACUAG